AUGCCUGGAGGGCAUACCUGCUCCUUCAUUUCAUCCCCACCACCGUUUCUACUUCGAGAGGAUAUCUCUGCCCGCACACCUAAACCUCAACACAACAAUGUAAACAUUACAAAGCAUCAUCAAAAUCAGAUAACAUAUGGCAACAAUGAUAACACGGCUGACGGGUCUUCCCGCUUGGAUGUGAACAGCGAGUCCGAUCGGGCAUACGAGACGAAGCUGACUGAGCCUGAUUUUGAUGCGUCUCGCGACAGACGUAGGAGCAAACCCAAGCGUCAACAGCUGCACUACAAACCCAGCACACCAGUAACCCAGAAGAACACAACCACCCAAUGA